AUGAGAGAAGGUUUUGUGAUGAGUGAAUGUCCAGGAAGCAAGUAUUGUGUCAGGCAAGAAUGGUGGAUGGGCGACUUAAAAACGACGAACAUGUUUUGCGAUCGAAUGUUUGAUAUCAUGGGGAACCCUGUGGCACUUUGCAAGAGUGACGGAACCUUCACUUCAACGGGGCUGAACAACAUCCAAUGCACAAACAGGUGCUGCAGCUCGGAUUACUGUAAUCUGCCCACCGCAGCGACCCCUUCAUACGGUUACUGCGCAUUACCGUUACUUUUUGUUGUUUACUGGAAACUUGUUUGUAAUUAUUGA